AUGUUGCUCCAGAACUACUUUGCAGUGGUAGCGGCGAUAGCGACGACAUGUGCCGCCGAACAUGUUCAUCACAGAGACCUCAAGUCGCGCGCCGUAGCCUUUGACUGGGGUACCACAAAGAUUAGAGGUGUGAACAUCGGAGGAUGGCUCGUUACAGAACCCUUCAUCACUCCAUCCAUAUAUCUCGCGAACUCGAAAACCGACGAAGUGCACGACGAAUGGACCCUCUGCGCCAAACUCGGCGCCGCAGGAUGCCAGAAGGUCCUCAAGCCGCACUGGGAUAGCUGGGUCUCACUCUCGGAUUUCCAGAAGAUCAAAAAAGCGGGAUUCAACAUCGUGAGGAUCCCAAUCGGAUACUGGGCAUACAAAAACUACGGCGGGCCGUACACCUCGGGGACGGCGGCAUAUCUCGAUAAAGCGAUCGGCUGGGCCAGGACUACCGGGUUGAAAGUGUUGAUCGAUUUACAUGGCGCACCAAAAUCGCAAAACGGGUUCGACAACUCGGGCCACCGCUUUGAUGCCGGUAAUCCCACGUGGGGCACUGGCGACAGCAUUGCUCAGACGCAUGCGGUCCUGGCCGUGAUUGAGAACAAAUAUGCCAAAGCAGCGUACCAAGAUGUUGUCGUCGGCAUCGAGCUAGUCAACGAACCUCUGAUGCCUGUCAUCGAUACGAACGGUGCUAUUACUAAGAAGUUCUACCGCGAUGGCUACAACAAUCUUCGCAAAAUCAGCGAUACUCCCGUUAUUCUGCACGAUGGCUUCUUCGGCCCGGCCUACUGGAACGGCUUCCUGACGCCGUCGGACAACAACGCGCAGGGCGUAGUGAUAGAUCAUCACGAGUACCAGGUCUUCGACAAGAACCUGAUCAAGAUGACUCCAGCCCAGCACAGGCAACAGGUCUGUGACGCGGCCAGCAGCUACGACGGUGCGGAUAAGUGGACGUUCGUGGGCGAGUGGUCAGCCGCGUUGACGGACUGCGCGCCGAGUCUGAAUGGUUUCAAGCGAGGAAAUAGAUACGAAGGAACCUGGGAUGGUGCUACGCGUACUGGUUCUUGUGCGGGCAAGACUGGCAAGGUCUCGAGCUGGACGCAAUCACAGAAGGACGAUGUGCGAAAAUAUAUCGAGACGCAGCUGGAUACCUUCGAGUCCAAAACCAAGGGGUGGAUGUUCUGGAAUUUUAAGACUGAGGGAGGCGCCGGCGAGUGGGACUUGUUCCAGUUAUUGGAUGGCGGACUAUUCCCACAGCCCAUCACGAACCGCAAAUUUGGGAAAUUCUGCAAGUAA